UGUGAUGCAGCCUAGAGCUACCACCGGAACAGGCCGAUUUGAACGGCUCGGCUAUCUUUUCAUUGUUGGGUGAUUUGUAACUUGAGAGUUGCACUGCGCAAGGUUAAAGAAGACUAUUGGAGUAUAUGAUUUACAAACGAAUAUCUCCAGUAGCAUUGGGGUUUUUGGUGUUUCAAUAUUGUCUACUCCCUCCAAUUGGUACUCAAUAUAGCGAAGCAAAAUGGAUCCCUGCAGCCAGCCAGUAUGGACCCCACCACGAGAUACUGACGACAUGAUUGUCUCCACCCAGCCAACGCAGAACAAUACCUCAUCCGUCCUGGAACUCAGCGGAACGUCGUGCGGUUCAAGACAAAAUGUUUGCUCUCACCAGCGCCACGGGCAAGCUUGGGUCCGCAGUUUUGAAUGCAAUCCUCGAUAAUGCACUUAUCUCCCCAGAGGAACUUGUAAUUUGCACGUCAUCCGACCCUCAAGACCAAAGAUUAAAAUAUCUCCGCAACAAAAAUAUUACCAUCCGUCAUGCAAAUUUCGACGACGCUGCUUCCCUAGAGAAGGGGUAUGCGGGAUGCGACAAGUUGUUCCUUGUCUCCACCCCUCGGAUCUCCAUGGACUUCAACGAUGCACCUCUCUGGAAAGGCCGCGAGGCCCACCAUCGCGUCGCAAUCGACGCCGCGCGCAAAGUGGGCGUAAAACACAUCUACUACACCUCACUAGCAUUUGGAAACCCGUCCAAGUCGAGUGUUAUGAAAGCGCACAUCCGCACUGAGGCUUACCUUCGCGAGCUGACCGAUGUUAAAUGGACCGUCAUUCGAGAGGGCCUGUACCACGAAAGCUGGCCACUUUACUUUGGGUACUAUCAUGCACUCAAAGACGAUGAGAGGAAGGAGAUCGUCGUGGCUGGUGACGGACCCAUCUCCUGGACCUCGAUCCGUGACAUGGCGUUUGGGACUGCGAAGAUUUUGGCGGCACCUUCUCAGGAGUGGAGUGGCAGGACGGUCUAUCUUUCGCAGAAUAAGACAUGGUCCCUCCAAGAUAUUGCGGGCAUCGUAUCUAAAAUCAGGAAUAAGGAUGUAAAGUUGAAGGUUGUUAGUAAGGAAGAGUAUCAGAGAUAUUAUGUCGAGGAGAGGCAGUUGGAGAAAGCUUCUGUUGAAUGGUGGAGCGCGACUUAUGACGCUCUUCCCGACGGCGAAUGCGAUAUCAAGGAUUCGACUCUAGAGGAUAUCUUAAGACAAGUAGGGAAAACGCCGGAUCCCUUAGAGGAGACAAUCAAGAAGAGUCUCGAAUAAUACAAUUUCCAUGUGAGAAGAGCUUGAAAUAGUAUAGCACAUUAUAUUGUACUUUGUGACAGU